AUGUCUACUCCGUAUUCCUUGCCACAAGCUACUUGUAAUCCUCCCGGUUCUCAAAGCAUGGCAAUGGUAGCUUGUUGUGCUAUAUGUGGUGCAGCUCAUGCUUCUCAAGCUUGUCUAUUGUUGGACCCUAGUGGCCAAAGCUCUUUACCAAACAUGGAGCAAGUGGAUAUGAUUGGGUACUCUAGACCUCAAAAUCAAGGGCAAGGAUAUGGAAAUUAUGGUCAACAAGGAAGAAAUCAAUUUGGGCCUUCUUGGAACAAUCAAGGUGUGCAAGGAAGGAAUCCACCUCCGGGUUUUCAAGGAAAUCAAGCAAGUAGAGGUGGAAAUCAAUUGAAUCAACAAUGGAGAGGAAAUCAAGGACAUGGAAACAAUCAAAAUCAACAAGGAUCCUCUCAACCUUCUCAAGAUGUGGACAUGAAGACAUUAAUGAACAUGAUGAUGUCUCAAAUGUCACAAAUUAGCAAGUUGCAAUCUCAAGUGGAGAAUCUACAAGCCCAAAAUCAAGGAGGAGGCACUCAAGGGUCUACACUAGCCUCAUCUUCUAGUGGUAGACUUCCGGCUAACACCGAAAAUCCUAGAAAUCAUGUCAACGCCAUCACCACUAGAAGUGGAAAAUCUUUGAAAGAUCCACCAUUUCCUUCUAAUGAUCUUACAAUUGAAGAAGAUGUUGAGAAAGAUGAAGAUGAGGAAAGGCCAAAUGAAGAGGAAAUUGAAAAAAAUCUUGAAAGUGAAAAUGAUAAUGAGCCUCUAAUUCAAAGAAACAAGUCAAAAGGGAAGGAGCCAAUUCAAGAAGGAAACAACUCAAGUAAGAAGAAUGUGAACAAGGGCAAGCAAAUAGAUGACUCGGUGAUUCCUUGCAACUUGUUGCCAUUUCCACAAAGGUUGUGGAAAACAAAAGAAACCGAGAGAGAAAACAAGUUUAAAACAAUGCUUGAUAAGUUGGAGAUUUCUAUGCCCUUUGUGGAGGCCAUUACUCAAAUACCUUCAUACAAAAAAUUCUUGAAGGAUAUUUUGAGUAACAAGAAGAGAUUGGAGAAGAGUGCGGUGGUGGACCUUAGUGAGGGAGCUUUGACAUGUGCCGUUCUCCAAAAGAAUCUGCCUCCUAAGUUGAAGGAUCCGGGAAGUUUUUCUAUCCCUUGCAUUGUUGGAGGAUUUGUUGUGAGCCGUGCUUUAUGUGAUCUUGGGGCUAGUGUAAGCCUUAUGCCCUAUUCUCUAUGCAAGAGGCUCAACCUUGGAGAGCCCAAGCCCACACUACCAUGA